AUGCUCGACGCGACGCCCUCGAACGCCGCCGCUCGCCCGCCUGCUGGCCGCGGGGACCCGUUCAUCAACACGCGCAACCGCACCAAUAUCCUCAUCGAGCCACCCCAGACCGAACACCCGACGCUCGCUCUCACAACGCCUGCCUCGCGCAAACCCAACAAGACCGACAAGCCGUCCGCGGACCCGCCGGCCGCGGAGCUCUCCAACGGCCUGCCCACUCCCUUUUGUCCAUUCAUGCGCGAGCCCUCUUCCGCGCCUGACCGCGCCCAGCAGCUGUUGUGGGCCGUCCUCCUGCUGCUCGGAGCGUGCGGCGUGCGGCUGUGCGAGUGGUGGCCGCCGCGCUUCGGUGCGGCCUCGGGGCGGAGGAGCAAAGGGCGCCUCGUGCGGUGCCGGACGGGGUUGUGCCGCGGCGCGUGGCUUCUCACCGCGCUGCUCCCAUCAAGUGCGCUGUCGCCGUCGCCGCGAUCGCCGCCACCGCCCGGCAGUGGCUGCGAGAACGCCAUGCCCUUCGAUCGGACCGCCUUUUUCGAAUUGGACCCAAUCGAUCCAAGCGCAUAUAAUAGCUCUCAGUGCCCAGGAACAUCUUUCACCGCGACCGGCAGCGUCGUCUGGCUGCGCCUCACCAACGUGCGCACGUUUCCCCUCGAGCUGCAUACCUGCUCGGCUGACACAGACGUCGAUACCGACCUGUCCAUCUUCACGGGAAGCUGCGACACGCUCACGCAGGUGGCAUGCAACGGCGGCGGGGACGUCAACGAGCACGGCGGCGUCGUCGCCGCGUGGGACAGCGGUGCGGUCUCGAUAAUCAGCUCGAAGGAGGGCGGCCUCGUCUGGGUGUAUCAGAACAGCGGUGCGGUCUCGAUUAUCGGCUCGGAUGUGAGAAACAGCUCUGCUAAAUACGGCGGCGUCGUCUACGCGCAUAAGAGCGGUGCGGUCUCGAUAAUCGGCUCGACCGUGACGAGCUGCUCGGCUGACGUUUACGGCGGCGUCGUCUACGCGGAGGGCAGCGGCGCGGUCUCGAUAAUCGACUCAGACGUGACGGGCUGUUCGGCUCAGUGGUUCGGCGGCGUCAUCUACUCGACGGAAAGCGGUGCGGUCUCGCUAAUCGGUUCGGCCGUGACUGGCUGCUCAGCUGGCGAGUUCGCCGGCGUCGUCUACGCGUCUCACAGCGGUGCGGUCUCGCUGAUCGGCUCGCACGUGACGGGCUGCUCUGCUCGGAACGGCGGCGUCGUCUACGCGGUGAGAAUCGGUGCGGUCUCAAUAAUCGGCUCGACCGUGACGAACUGCUCGGCUGGCGAGUACGGCGGCGUCGUCUACGCGGAGGGCAGCAUCGUCCACGGAAAAGGCGGCGUCGUCUACGCGGAUGACAGCGGUGCGGUCUCGAUAACCAGCUCGAAGGUGACGGGCUGCUCGGCUGGCGAGAUUGUCACCGUCUUGUCCACCACCUACUCCACGCGUCUGCCUCCAGAGUACACUGGCUGGACCGACGCAGUAGCCGACGCCGUCUCCAUCGACUGGUCGGGACUUUUCUUGCCACAGCAGUGCCUCGGCUACGGUUUGCGGCUGCUCGCCAUCGCUCUCUCGCCCGUCGCCCUCAUAGCGCUGCUAAUGAUCGCGGGAGUAAGCCUGCGGCUCCACCCCUGGCGCGCCGCCCCGGCGCCGCACGCGAGGCCGUGGUACGCACUGGCGGCCCUCGGCCUCCUCGACCUCACGCCGGCCGGUCUCGUGCUCGUCUUCUGCUUUGCCUACACCAUCUCUCCGCCCGGCAAGUCGCUGCGGCAGGUCUUCUACAUGCGGCUGGACGCGAGCGUCGAGUGCUACACCGAGGAUCACAAGUCUAUCACCGACCUCGCCAUCGGUUUCAUCGUCGUAUGGCCCGUCGGUUCGCUGGUCCUGUUCACGGCGCUCCUCUUCGCUUGCCACAAGCCGCUGCAGGCCAAGACGCCGACGGCGCUGACGCGAGCGACCGCCUUCCUACAUCGGGAGUACAAAACGACCUUUUACUGGUGGGAGGCGUUGGAGCUGGCGCGCAAGCUCGUGCUGACGGGAUUCGUGCUGCUGAUCCCGGAGGAGAACGCCUUGCUUCGGCUCGUGGUGGCAACGCUCAUCUGCUCCUGCUAUGUCGCGCUCGUCGCCGCCACCAAGCCGUACAAGCGUGUCGAGGAUUCUGUCCUCGCCGUCGCAAUGAGCCUCAUCCUCCUCCUUUUCUUCCUCGGCGCCAAUUGGACCACCAUCUUCCUCCGCAUCGUGGAGCGCUCCGGAACCGAUGAUGCCUCUGCCGUAUUCGGUUUCAGCAAGCUUAACCCGAUCGUCAGCACGAUGAUCGGCCUCGCCGGAGUCGCGCUCUUGGUCUCCCUCGCCGGCGCCGUCGUCGCCGCCCGCCGCACCGCCAAGGUCCCAACGAUCCGCCUUGUCUCCACCAAGCAGCCGCCCGAACUCACCCUCGCGCGGGGCCUCGCCUGGCACCUCUUCCUCUCGCACAUUUGGUCGACUGGUCAAGACACCGUCGGAGUCAUCAAGAGCGAGCUGCAGCUGCUGCUGCCAGGCAUCAAAGUCUUUCUCGACGCGCGCACGCAUGUCGAUGAUCUCAAAGACAUCGGGGCGCUCGAGGAGUACAUCCGGCGCACGCAAAUGAUUCUCUUCUUCCUCUCGCAGGGCUACUUCCGCUCACCGGCGCUCGCACGCCGCCCGGCCACGCCUCCCCAAAGCAGCGCGAGCCGCCGAGCCCCCCCUCGAUACUCCCCGCGGCUCACCCUUCGCUUGUCCAGCAAGCCGCUCGUCCUCGUGCAAGAAGCGGACCCGGCCAAGGGCGGCGGGACGCUGCAGGCGCUGCGCGACGAAUGCCCCGACGAACUGCAGUCGGACAUCUUUGACCAGGGCCGGACGCAGACGACGUGGUAUCGCAUCGAGGAGUUCCAGCGCGUCUCGCUGAAGACCAUCGUCGAGGCGCCGUUAGCGGUGCUCCUCUGCUCGCCCGACUACGUCGGGCAGGACGCCGUCGGCCUCUACGUGCCGGGUGAGCCGCGCAUCCACUCGUUCGCCCUUGCGAAGCCCGUGACGCUCUGGGCCUCGCCGGCCAACGCGGGGUCGGUGGAUCUGGCCAACGAGCUCGCCGCCGCCUUCGCCGGCCUCACCGUCUCCACGGCCGAGGACCGCGGCUCUGUCGCAUCCCGGGCUUCGGGCCGCUUCUCCAGUAUCAUGCGCCGCUCGGCGCCGCGCCGUGCUGGUGACGCGACCCACAUGCUGCUCUACCUCAACGAGGAUACCUUCGUCAGCGACGAGCGGCUGGCAGGGCAGGUCAGGCAGGCGCGCGAGGACAGGCUGCCGAUCGUGAUGGCGCACGAGAACGACCCCGAAAAGGGCGGCGUGUCGCUGGUGCUCUUGGCUAAGGGCCUCGGCGCGACUCCGGCCCGGGCAAGGGUGGACCUCCGCCGUUGGAUGAGCCUCGUCUGCCGCGCCGUUGGCGGCCUCUUCGAACGGACGGUCCGCGGCGGCGGCGGCGACGACGACGGUGGCGACGUCGGCCACGAGACAUCGGCGGGGCAGCAAUCCGUAUAG